ACAUUUCAUCUAAGGGGUAUUAGAUUCACCAUGGCUACAGACGCUACCACCACGGAGUUGCCCCAAAACUGCCUGUUUCUGUUCUCCAAAAAACCGAUCGACUCACCGCUGCCUCUCCAGCUCCGUUCCACCAUCUCCAAUAUCCUACCGGUAACAAGCCCUAAACAGGAACCUCAACACAACUCAGUGAUAGAGCAAGUCUCUACAAACGUGCCACCAUCACCUAUCAGCCUGGGCACAAAGUCUCACCUUAACAACAUCAACUACGAUGACCAGAUCAGAGCCCCCCGUUUUAACUUGUUCAACCAGGUGAACGUGUCCACAGAUGGGAUCAACCGCCUGUUUUCCUUGAGUCUAUCCACAAAACCCCUGACAACAAGCGUCCAAUCCCAGGGUGAAGAGCCCACCGCCUCCGACCUGGUGUCGAACUCGGUGUACGUACCAGCAAAUUUUGACCUUCAUAACUACACUUACGCCACCUCCGUCGUGGAUGAUGCUGCUUCCAAUUCCUCAAAGGCUAACCUCACCGAUGCCCUCAAUAACCUCAACGACAACUUGACGAGUUUCGAACGCGAGGACCACGACGAGACUGAGGACCCCAACCCGCCACCUCCCAACCCGAACGCUUCGUUUGUGAAGCCCGUUUACAAAUACAAAAAGCCUCUCAGCAUCCCAGCGGUGUUACGGCCACCAAACGAGGUGGAGCUGGGCUCCUCCUCCACCUCGUCGUCGCUGACGCCUGUCAACUUCAAGGUAGACUUGAGCAACUCAGACACCCUCACACAGCUGCAGCUUUUUAACCCUCAGUUGUUUGAAGGAGAGGUAAAUGAGCCCAUAGAGCCAAGCCAUGCUCAUUGGAAACCCAAUAACUUCACCAACUGCUGUAUGAAAUGCUUCCAGACAUUCGGGAGCUUUUUCAAUAUGAAGCGUCGUCACCACUGCCGGUUCUGUGGGUUUUUGGUGUGCUCCAAGUGCUUAUUUGAAAGCAGUCUUGAUGACGAAAAGUAUUCGGCCACCACCAGAGGUGCUGCCUCCAGUACAACCACGGGUCUUAUGUCGAUCUACUUGGAUGCCGAAGCCCGGUUUGUGGUGCCCAUCUAUAAGAACAUGAAUGCUGCAAAUGUUGAUGUUCUGGCAUUAACCAGAGUGUUUAAAAUGAGCAAGGUGUGUAAGUCGUGUGGCGACUACUACUUGAACGUGUUGUUCCACUUGAACAACUGGAAUUCCAAUGCUGCUAGCCCCUUUAGUACGGUGUUACCGUUUGUGAUUGUCAAUAAUCCCUUUAUGCAAAAGAACUUCAGCAAAAACGCCAUUAAUGAAAAACGAAAUUCGGUCUCUAAAAGUACCGAUUGGAACUGGAGUUCUUUUUGAGCUCUAGUUCCUCCCUGUGAGACACUUUACUUCUUGAUGUAUUAAUUUUCAGAUAUAAUUUAUUCUAAUAGCUAAUUUUCACCAUUCCCUACGCCCAAUGACAAUAGAUUCUGGAUCACAGAUUCAACGGCUGAUUUUUCACUUGAAUUCCGUACUAGGAAUUACCCUCCGGCAGGCGUGUUAAUUGCCUGUUUGAGAACCUCCACCACUAGCCAACACGGGGUACAUCCCGCAUUUUCCCUUGUAAUCCCUUAUUGUUCAAUCUUAUCAAGUGACGUUGCUCCCGCUAAUUUCCCUUUUGGGACGUCGCGCAGAGGUUGCAACUUUUUAUCUUAUCGGUAGGCUGCAACAAUAGAAUAUAAAAGAACCCGGAUCUUGUUUGUUUUCCCAUCAGAAAACUAUGCUUACUGACUCAGAUAUAGUUCCGGGAACCGUGCACUUAGUUGACAUUGAAGGUACCCUCCACGUAAAGAAAGAUGAACAUGGAAACGACAAGGUCAUCUUGAGGCCACCACCUUCCAAGAAUAUUAAUGACCCAUUGAGAUGGAGUAGAAUGAAGAAGUUCAAACAGUUCUUCAUGUUAUUCUGGUUGGCAGUAUUUUUGGCUUUGGCGGUGGCAUGGUCAUCGCCAAUUUGGUUGAUUUGGACAGUAGACUUGAAUUGUACCAUCCAAGAUUUGAACAACGCCAUGGCGUUAACCUUCCUCUUUUUAGGACUUGGAUGCUUGUUUUUACAACCCACCGCCAUGAAGUUGGGAAGAAGAUUCGUAUAUCUUAUGUGUUGUGUGUUGAUGAUGAUUGCCCAGAUAAUUGGUUCGCAGGCUACUUCGGUUCAUCAGAUAUAUGGGGUUUUUAUUAUCACCGGGUUUGCAGCUGCUCCUUGUGACUCUUUGGUUGAAAUCUCCACUACUGAUGUGUUUUUCCAGCAUGAAAGAGCCAGUUUUUUGGCCCUCUUCAUCUUGGCUCUCUAUUUUGGAAAUUAUUUGGGACCUGCCAUCAGUGGGUAUAUAGUGGACAGGUUGAGCUGGAAAUGGUCGUACUAUCUUCAGUUGAUAAUGUUUGGUGGAACCUUCAUCGUCUUGUUGUUCUUCAUGGAAGACACCACCUUUAGGAGAAGAGAAGGUGAUGAGGAGUUUGAGGAAGAAAUUCUUGGACAAAUCAAGUCCAGAGAAACUAUAGGUGUUGAAGAGGAAAAAGAUAAAACCAUCCACCAAGUUAACGAAGCUGCUUCGUCUUCAGACUCACCCGACGACGACUUUUCAAUCGACCACUCGAUUCCUGAGAGAGGUUACUGGCAGAAGAUGAAAAUCAUUCAGACCGAGUACAACGACAAACGGUCCUGGUUCAAGAUCUGGGCUCGGCCAUUCCUCAUGUUGUCUUUCCCAGCGAUUUUAUGGGGAGGUCUUAUCUAUGGGGCCCAAAUGAUGUGGCUUUCGUUGAUUUCCACCAGCCAAGCCUCUCUUUACGGAGCGCCUCCCUACAGUUUCAGCAGUGGUACCAUUGGAUUAUUCAACUUCUCGCCACUUGUGGGUAACUUCAUAGGUAUGCUUUAUGGUGGUAAGUUUGUGGACUGGCUCACGAUUAAAUUGGCAGAGCGGAACAAGGGAAUCAUGGAGCCUGAAUUCAGAUUAUACGCCAUGAUAGUCCCCACUAUUCUCAAUGCCUGUGGUUUAUUGACUUACGGGUUGGCCAAUGCCAACGGCGACCCCUGGCCUGUUUCGGUGAUUAUUGGAAUUGGAUUUUUGGGAUUCUCCAUGAGCUCUACCGGUGCUAUCUGUUUAACUUAUGCCAUUGACUCGUACCACGAAAUGGCCAGUGAAGGAAUGGUGAUGAUGUUGUUCAUCAGAAACAUGAUUGGUAUGACGUUCACGUUUGUGUUCCAGUAUUGGCUUGACAGGUGUGGGUUGGUACUAUUGACAUGGUUGUUAUUCAUGAUGGCACUUGUCAUCAACGGCUCAUUUGUGUUGUUGAUCAUCUACGGGAAGCGGAUCCGGAUGUACACUAAGGACAGGUACUUGAAUGCGAAACAGUAG